UAUAACAGAUUUACAUUACGUAUUUAUCUUCCAUCUUUAUACAUACAGAGAUAAUACUGUUUUAUGCAUUAUAAAAUUAUAUUGAGUCAGUGCAAUUUGACGUGAUGGCUACAAUAGACCUCUAAGUAUUUAUUGAUCUAACAAUCUUAUGAUUGUCGCGUAGUCGUCUUACAACGGGGUAUUUCAGUAUUACUAAAGUUAAAUAUCAUUAUUUUUUAAAGUGAUGGGAUAUAAAUAGAGCUAUACUUAUUUAGUAAUACGUUAUUAUUUAACCGAUAAGAACAGCUUAUCAAUGCUCUAAGCUAAGUGUUCGUUCGUUCUGUGUUCGUAAAAAUUAUAAAAAGUGUGAACUUUUACUGCGAGUCAAAAAAUAUCAAUCAUGAAAAAAAUUGAGAAGAUAAAUACUGUGACUGAAAGUGUUGAGAAAGGUGAAAAGUUUGAAACUGAUCUAGACGAUGCUCUAAAUAUAGCAGGUGUAGGCCUAUACAACGUGAAGUACGGUCUGUUGUUUGCCCUCAUGCUGAUAUCCUCCAUCAUGGAGGUGAUCGGCUACGCCUAUGUACUCCCGGCGGCCAAGUGCGACCUGGACAUGACGGAUUCACAGAGAGGCGUUGUCGCUUCCUUGCCGUAUUUCCUGAUAGUGAUAACGUCGUACCCGUGGGGCUACGUGGUGGACAUGUGGGGGCGGCGUCCCACGCUGGUGGCGUCGUGCCUGAGCGUGGGAUUCUUCAGCUAUCUGGCCGCCUUCAUGCCUGACCUCGUGACCUUCACGCUGUGCAAGCUGCUGGCUAAUAUCAGCCUGGCGGCCCCGUCGGCGGUCCCGUACGCGUUCAUCGGCGAGGUGCUGCCGCCGCGGCACCGCGACCUGGCGCUGUCGCUCACCAACGCGCUGCAGAUGACCGGCGCCGCGCUCGUGCCGUUGUUGGCCUACGGCGUCCUACCACUAGACUUCUCUGCAAACUUCGGCUCAUACAAUUUCCGCGCGUGGAGACUGCUCGGCAUGCUCUAUGCCACUCCCUUCGUCAUCUGCGGUGUGUGCAUGUACUUCGGCCCCGAGAGCCCCAAGUUCCUCGUCUCCCAGGGGAAGGGCGAUGAAGCCCUGGAAGUUCUGAGGACUAUGUACGCGCAGAAUAAGAGGACUUCUCCGGAUAAUUAUCCAGUGAAAAGGCUGAAGAUGUCCGACGCGCAGCAGAAGUCGACCGGGUUCCUCAACUCGCUGCAGCUGCAGACGCUGCCGGUGCUGCGGCCGCCCUACCUCAAGUGGCUGUGCCUCAACGGGUUCCUGCUCUUUGGGAUAUUCGCCACUCUGAACGGCAUCAACAUGUGGGUGCCGGACGUGCUGAACCGCGUGCUGACGGAGACCACCGAGGAACCCAUGACGGCGUGCCAGAUCAUCCGGCUGCGGCUCAACUCGACGACCGUCGAACUCGAAUGCAACGACACCAUAGAAAAGUCGAUCUUCCUGAUCAACGCGAUCGCGGGCAUGGCCUGCGCCGUCAUCACCGUCAGCCUGUCCCUCACCAUCAAGCUGGUCGGCAAGAAGCCGCUGUUGGUCUUCAUCUACUUCACCUUUGGUGGCUUCAUGAUUCUGAUCAACUUUAUUACGAAGGACAUCGUGUUCGCGAUACUGCUGAUGUCUCUGCAGAUCACUGGGCUGGGCAUUGGGCCGGUUAACGCGUACGCGGUGGAAAUUUUCCCGACGCAUUUGAGAGGUAUGGCAGUGAGCCUGGGCAUGAUGCUGGGCCGGCUGGGCUCGGCGGUGGGCACCAACGUGGCCGGCCUGCUCAUCAACAACUCCUGCGAGUCCACCUUCUACGGCUUUGGCGGGUUAUUGAUACUUUGUGGAGUCCUCACGUUCCUUCUACCAAAAUCAAAAACGUGAAGAAACUUUAUCAGUAUUUAAUUUAGUGAUAAGUAGUAAUAAGAAAAAAUAUAACUUAAGUAAAUUAUAAAUUA